AUGAGCCAGCAAGUAAAUAAUCACAGAACUCUAGAAUUCUUUUCCAAGCUCUAUCUCUUCUUAUUUCCUUCUUUUAGGCUAAUAAUAGAUGACUACAGGUUCUUCUCCUUCAUACUUUUCUAUAAAGUGCUUGGUCUUACUUACGCACUGAUGUUUUCCAUUUCUCUUAUUACUGGGCUUGCUGCAUAUCCUCCUGUUUCACUUUAUAGAGCUGUUCUACUAUUUAUAUACUUUUUGUUCUUUCUCGCUCUUUUUUGUUAUAGCACAUGUAUUAUAUACGCCAACUCAGAUCAUCCGCUGUUUUUCGGCAAAAAAAGACACAUCAAAUCUUCCCUGGGAUGCAAAUAA